UUAGGAUCGACUACUUACGACUAGCUAGCGCGGAUGCGCGACUGCGCGCACCGGGCCCACUGUUCGCUAGUUGUACCGAGUUUUAUUUGGGAAUAAGAUAAAUUUUAUUUGUAAAUAUAACAUUCUAUAUUCGUGCUUAUGUGCGCGCGUGUGCUUCUGUAAUUGUAUGAGUUUGUUUUUGUAAAAACUAGCGAGUCAAACGAGCCAACGAAGCAUCUCUCUACAAUGUUCUGUCUAUGUCUAAGACUCAUGGGUAACCUGAAGCCCACGGGACUUUUUAAAUGGCAUGUCUAACGAAAAUUCACCUUCAAUUUUGUGAAUAGUACGGCCUGCUUCUCGAAAAGGUUGUGUAUGCCUGGUCUACGGCGUGGGCUUUAUGUAGUCGUUCAACUUGCUAGAAAUAGUAGCCAAAUCGUUCCCAAAUUACAUUAUACUGUCUCACGAAAGGUCCCGUUAAAGAAUAUGUUCUUCAGCGCAUUGGCAUAGGGAAAAAGACGAGACGGUAACAGCUCGAAUAGCUUUUAUUUCUGAUCUAUUCAAUCGGUACUAAUUAGGAGUAAGAGCGGUUUACCGUAAGGGCUUAGUUCAAGUUUGCAUGGAAAAAAAUACAAAUAUUACUUUAAAUUGAGGACAACUUAUGUGCCGCUCUGCAGAUCAUAUCUAGAUAUAUGAUCUGGAUGACCCGAUGUGGUUUGACCAGGUCCACGCUGGUAUAUCAGAGAAAUCCAGUCGAUACCUGUGAAACUGUUGAAAUCGUUUGAGCAGGUUUGCAAAGCUUUUUCACCCUCCUCUUCUGUCUGAUAAGCCUACACAGUCACAGAUCCCGUUCCAACCUCCUGCUAGCACUAAAAAGCCAAAUGUUCCAAGAAAGGUUUCCGGACGCCGAAAGAAAUCUGGUCGUCCUGCUCUUGUCGGGGCAUAGACGGCAACUAGUCUGAAAGUAUGCCCUCCGUGCCUGUCACGUCCAGUACCACCUACACACGAUAAAUUACUAAUUCAGUAUGCAAUUGUAAUGUAAAAAAAUAAAUUAACUCAGAUGAUUAUUUUCUUUUCCAUAUUAACUUGAACUAAGCUCUUACUCCUAAUUAGUACCGAUCGAGGAGAUCUGAAAUAAAAGUCUUUUUUCCUAUGUCAAUACGCCAAAGAACAUAUUCUUUAAUGCGACCUUUAGUGAGACGACGAUACAAUGUAAUUUGGGAACGAUUUGGCUGCUAUUUCUAGCAAGUUAAACGACUACGCAGAGUCUACAUCGUAGACCAGGCAUACAUAACUUUUUCGAGAAGCGGGCAGCACUGUCACUAAAUUGAAGAUAAAUCUUCCUUAGACAUGCCACUUAAAAAGCCCCCGUGGGCCUCAGGUUAAUCAUUAGUCUGAGACGUAGACUCGUCAUAGAGAUGCUUCGUUGGCUUAUUUGACGCGCUAGUUUUUACCAAAACAAAUACGGCUAAUACGCACACAACGUAUAUAUAUACAUGAGUAUAAAAUUUUAUAUUUACAAAUAAAAUUUAAUCUUAUACCAAAACAAAACCCCCCACCAGUCUUCUAAAACUAAAGUAAAGUUUUUGAAAUAUCCGACAAUAAAAUCCCAAGCUUGUGCACUCCUAAAUUCAGCAAUUCCGUGGCUAAUACGGAAUGUACAUACGCAAAGGUGUCGAAGAAUAUACAUUCUCCUUUAACUUACAGUCACGUGUUCAGCCGGGAAGUUUAAAUUUCACUUUCUGCUUUUUUUUUUAAUUAAUAUUCAUUAAUAUUUGAGAUGGCUGUUAACAUGCUUUCGUCACCUUCUUCAUCGUCAAGGAGGAGGUCACUUGAAAGAAUGUUGGAAUCAUUGGAAAGCAAUAUUGAAUAUGUAUGUGAUGAAAGUUCAGUAAAGAAACCAAGAGGGAAGCUGAAAACCUGCAUUGUUAAUGUGAAAGUCUGUGCACAAGCUGUAGGUUUAUCACAUGAAGAUAUUCUGGGACUGGUUAAUGUUGCUGCAAGUCUACGAUAUGGAAUUCAGAUCAGUCGUGAUCUCAUUCGAUGUUGUAUCCCACAAACCACUUUCCCACAAAUAGCUGCCAUCAGACUUCUAUCAUGUAUAAAUCAUCUCGCUAUUUCAGAAAAGGCCAAUACAUCAUUCACGAAAUUAAUAUUUCACUGGAUUGUACUUGUCAUGCCAUACAUGGAUGCCUAUGAUAAGCUUCAUGCAGUGUACAAUGUGUUCUUUUAUCUUCUCAGAAAUUAUGAUAUUCUCCCAGAAAUCUGUUACAUUUUGAGUGAGCUGACUUUAUAUCCUGAUGUUACAUUAUUCCGAAUAAAUGAGCUGAUUUUGUUGUGGAAGAAAACGGGGAAUGUCCCUUCAUUAAUUGGUUUACUGACGAAAUAUAAGAUGCUGCGGCCUGAUAAAUUAGGGCUGUCACUUCCAAAAUAUCAAUGUUUUUAUAGAAUACCAAACCAAAGAUUGCAAAAGAUAAUCCAAGGUGUUCAGCUACGAAGGGGAUUGGAAUUAAGGAAUUUAGCAUACAAAUCUGCUAAAAGUCCUGUUCGAAAGAAAGCCAAACUGAGUAAAUUAAUUCCUCAGGUUCAAUCUUCAAUAAAUGAUUAUGUACCAACUUCUCAUAUUGUGAGGCAGGACCACUUUCCUGAAACAGUUUCAUUCCACAGGAUACUGACAUUUGAAGACCUUCUUCGGUAUAUCGAUCAAAUUCAACUACCAAUUCAAAUUGGUUCUGUGAUUGAUAAUCCGUUGCUUCAGUACCUGAUCACAUACAACAAAAACCGACAUGUAACAGGCCAGUUUAAUUGGUGGCUCUACCACACUUGUUAUGAUGCUUUUAUAGAAAACAGUGUACCAAAUUAUGAUUAUCUGGAAGAGUUUCUGUCAAAGUUAGCAGGGUUCAUGCGUCGUACUAAGGAAGGCACCCCAGCUAUUGAAUAUUUUCUGUACCAGUUCCUUGAUACUUGGGAUGGAUUUCAUUUUAAUCAGUCCAUUUUUAAAUUGAUUCCACACAUCCGAAUACACAAGUUUUCAGAACUACAUCAGAUUCUGUUAGAUCCCCUGAGGAAAAUAUUUUUCCGACGUGGAACUUAUUUAAAGUGCCGGAUUCUAAUAACAUUGACAGAACUAGUCACCAAUUAUAUAAAUAAAUGGCACCAUCUUCAUUUGUUAAGGAAAUCAAAGACCACCAAGAGUGCUAUUGCAGUGGAAUAUGAGUAUCUAUUCCUUCUUUCUUUCUUUCUUUCUUUUUUUUUUUGUUCUCUGUUAUCGGUGUUGAAUGCUUUAUUGUUAAACAUUUUUAUGCAUUUGUGUGUGAAUGAGUUAGUGGAGGAUUGAGGGGAAAGACCCUACUGUCUUAGAAAAGAAACGGAAGGAAGGACAUGUUGAGUGAUGUAAUCCUAGGUAAACUGUGUCUGAUAGAAGAAAGAAAAAAAGACAGGAUCGUAAUUGCCAGAAUGUAUUUGAUCAUAUGUCUACUUGAACUGGGGCUGAACAGUUUCUGGAGGAAACCCAUCCAAUUGUUAAGAGUAGCUGAACCAGUUCAUAAUUAGGCUCUUCAUGAACAAAUCAUCGUUAGCUGCUUUACCUGUUCUGUCCCUCACAAUGUUCUACAUUGCAAUCACAUCCCACUGAGUCUAUUUUGGGUUUACUUUAGUUGAAGUCUUUCAGCUAUACUUGUGAGAUUGUGUGAUCAACCAGACUACUGGAUGUUGUUAUACACUGCUGGUCACAGUGCACUUUGCAUUGUUUUA